AUGGCUGCUCACAUUUGGGAGGCAGCCAAAAAAGGAGUUGGUUUAACUGAAUUUGGUUUAAUAGAAUCUGAUAUUAAUAAUGAACGUAAUGGAUUACUGUUGCAUGAGUCUAUCGAAAAAGCCUUUGAUCAUCAACAACUAUGCUUUAUUUACAAUCCAUUUAGUGGUUAUUUACAUGUGAAGAUAUUAUGUAUUAAUUUGAAAAAUAUGCUUAUCAUCGAUGAUCCACAAAUGAGAAUUAACUUAAAUGAAAGAAGAAAAUUUAAUGAUAUUGAUGGCAAUACUUUAAUAUUAGCAAAAGAUAUAUAUCCUUAUGGCCGUCUUCUCAAUCGGCAUGCAAGAUGUGCUUAUAAAAGAGGUAAGCUUAACAAAUGGAUUGACGAUAAUGAAAAAUUUGAAGGUUUUUUUUAUUCAUGUGGCUUAGUUUCAUUACCAGGUGAUGAUCGUGAUGAAUAA